UUUUGAAUUUUUUUUCUUUUUUUUUAGUAGAAUGUGCGAAGAAAAAUUUUGCUUGGGCUUUUCUUUAUUUUUUAUACUGAUAGCAAUUAAUUUUUUUCAGUGGGGACCUAGCGUAGAAGUUGAUUUUGACGAAAUUUUACGCAACACUGAAGAUAUUUUUACUAAUGUACAAUAUGAUGAUUUACCAGCUUACUCAGAACUUAUUGAAAAUCGGAUAGCAGUUACAAAACUUGCAAAUCUUUUGAGCUCAAAUAUUGUCCUGGACAAUUACAAGAAGACUAUUUACGAUGAUCUUAUUCGGUUUGACAGUUAUCUCAAUUUACUCUCGAAGGACCUUGAAACCAUUUAUGAAAAAGGAAAUGAAUUCUUCUUAACGUUUGUAAAAAGUGUAUCCGAAUGGGAAAAGGUUUCAAAAAUGGAUAAGUAUUCUCCCGUAUUGUUUAAUGCAAUGAGAAAUGUGUCGCGCGAUUUAUCUAUGACUAUCUAUAUAGCCCAAAUUAGAGUAGCAGUUAGUGGAAUAUAUGUCCCAUCCAACAAAUCUGAUUCUUCUCAAUGGUUAAAUUAUUUGGAAAUUGACUUGUGGUGUGACAUUUCGAUUAUCAAAGAAUGCAAAUAUGAAUUUUCUCGGGUUAAAAAUAUAGUAAAUAUAGUAACAUACAUCAAUGAAAUUAAUUUGGACAAUAUUUCAAGUCAAAUUUGGCGAUAUUCAAAUUAUCUAGAUUUUAUCACGAAAAAACUAGAGAAAGACAACAUAAUGAUAAAAUCGAAUUUUAGAAUUUCCAACAAGUUGGGAUCCUUAAUUAAUAAAAUUAAAUCCAACCACAACAUAUUUUUGAAGAGUCAAGAUGUUUUCUCAAAAUUCAAUGACAAUAGCUCAGAUACUGCAAAAAAUGUUGAGCCCAAGAUCUUCAAGAGUGAAUUUAUUGGAGAAAAUGAGUGUCGGGCAGAAUUCAUGACUUAUUUUAACAGUCCUCCAGUCAUCCAAGGUGCACCUAAAACACAAUCAUCACCAUCUUUACGAUCUAUUAUUAUUGGUGCCGAUAUGUAUGUUGACUCAUUAACCUUUGAAUGGACCGAUGAUAUAUCAAUUAAAUAUGGUGGAAAUGGUGGUCGUUUAAGCGAAUUUAAAUUGGAAGAAGGUGAAGUAGUGAUGUGGGCCAAUAUUUACGAGUAUACAGGGGGAAAGAUUUGUGGACUUGAAUUUCGUACAAACAAAUGGAAAACUACAGGUAUUUUAGGCUGGUCGAACAAUUUUCCCACGGCUCUUGAAGCGCCACGUGGAUAUGAGAUAGUCGGUUUCUAUGGUAGUUUUGAUAAACAUAUAUGUGGUAUUGGUAUUCUUUAUUCAAAGAUUGAAAUCUAGUAGGAAUUUUUUUGAAAGUUAAAAAAAUUACAAGCAAGAGGAAUAUUUAAUAGCCUCAUAUGGUUUAUUCAAAAUAUCCAGAAAUAUUCAUUUCUCUUUUAUAAACUUCUAGGAUUCGUG